AUGCCAACCCAAACCCAAACUUCCCCAGCAUUUUCGCCUUUGGAUUCACAGCAGCAAACUUCACCAUUUCCUCAGUUUUCACUCCGAGAGUCAGUCUUCCCAGAUGAUGAGCCGCCGAGUCAGGGCCAGUCUCCUGUUGCACAGCCGCCUUCCGGGGAUAACUUAAAUUGGCAAUUCACAGCACAGCCCCUCCAAGCAAGAGCUCAGUCGUCUAAAGUCAAGGACGGCCAAAUGAUCCGUAUCACUCUCAAGACUCCGACGACGGAGGUACCCUGCAUUGCGAAAUGCUACCUCGGCCGUGCACAGAGUGUCGUUGAUAACGAAUUUGCUCGCAGCUGGAACAUCAAGAUACAUCCUGUUCCUAAGCCGCGAUGGAAGGAUGCAAGACACUGGUGCGUGCUAGACGCAAUCAAUGUGGAAACAAUUGGAGAUAUUCAGAAGCAAUUGCAAAUCCGACUGGGCAAGCUUCCAGACCGGCGGUUCAGUAUCGAGCUGGGUGUUGAUGCCCUCAAGGCUCUCCGUCUAAUUGAUGAAACUGAAGCAAUCUCGCCUCAUUCUAUAUCUGCACCUCCCAGCCAAUAUCCGUCGUGGUCCGAGUUCACUUCUUCUCACAUGCCGCAACAACAACCUCAGGAUAUCUUUGGAUACCCAUUUACACUACCAACACAACAGCCACCCCAUGCUGGCCGCAACCGCGCAGUGACGGCGCCUACGAUACCAGUAAUCAGAAUAGACACGAGUCACACGAUGUUUGAAAAUUCACUAUCAGUGCCUAUGUCUCUUGGCGACUCGGGAUCUGGUGAAGACUCCAGCUCACCAUGGGAGACCAUGUCGCUAAAUUCUCAGUCAUAUCAAGAUGACAAUGUCAACGUCUGGAGCCCAGCUAUUUCUGAAUGUGGUAUUUCCUCUUCUUACGAUACCUGUAUGAAAUGA